AUGAGAGUCCCACUUCUAGAUCAGCUUGCAAUGGCGCAGGAGCAGUUUGGUGUCAUGCGAGGCGCAAUGGCUUCGCUGCGCCUCAGCAGGACUGAUCUCGCGCUCCUGACGUUGAGGAGGAUUUGGCAUGACGAGGUGGUACUCACCAUCCGGUCAUUGCUGGAGACGUACGAAAAUGUUGCAGAGCAAUUUGGUGUGCUUCGUGGUGCCAUGUCUUCGCUGCGGCUUACAAGGUGGCAGCUCUUCAUGCUGACGCUGAGGCAACUGUUCCAUAACAUGCCCAGCUUCGUCAAGUAUUCGCUCUUUGCCGUAUACCCCAAUACUCCGUUCAUCAUUGCGUACUCGGGAUUUGAAUACGUCGUCUAUCCGUCGUCCAGUUUCGAUGAAGUCAAGCGCGUGUCGGUCAGAAAAGCCUCCAUGCUUGAGUUCUUCACUCAUGUAUUCUUUCAUGGAUGGCGAUUCCUAGGCAGCGAUACCAGCACUCUCCUCAAGACCAUCGGCGUGGACCUGACGCGUGCAGUGCCCGUUCGCGUGCAAGCUCGUCAAGAGGACACCCAGCUCGCCUUUGAGAGGGCGAUUGGACCCUGCCCCGAGUGGAAAUCUGUUUCACUCUACUGGACUAUCCAGGAGCUUGUUGCCGCUACCAAUGCCAGUGGACUAGUUGGUCCCGAGCUUGGUAAUGACCCUCGAUGGGUGAGAGCCGUCCAACACUUCCCCAUGGUAACCGCACUAGCCGUAUACAUCUCGAAUGCCGUCCCGCGUCUUGUGCGCCCUAUUGUCACCACUUUCAUCUUCUUGCCAGCGUGGGGCUACUACAUUUAUCUCAAGAUGCUUCUCAAGCCCAUGGCCAAGGCCGAUUGGGAAGAGUACGAGAAUGCAAAUGAGAAACAGAAGAAGGAAAUCCUCCGCGCAACACCCGACAAGAAGUUUCCCAUCACUGCCUGGCUCAUGUCGCGGUACCGACCCGAAGAGCUCUCCCUGAGCCAAAUCACGCACGAUCUCAUCGUCGCCACAUUCGAGUCUACUCCCUCCACGGCUGGAACCAUGUUCUUUAUUCUGGCUGAGCUCGUGUCUCGGCCCGAGCUGGUUAACGAGCUUCGAGAUGAAGUGGACGAGGUCCUCUCAAAUGGACUUUUGCCACAAACGACAUUGACCGAACUCCGCAAGAUGGACAGUGUAAUGCGCGAAUCGAGCCGUGUGAACCCUUUCAGCCUCUUGGUGUUGUUCCGGAGGCUGCUCACCAAUGUGAAGCUAUCGAUCGGCCCGGAGCUCCCCGCAGGUUCACUUCUCUGCGUCGACGCGCACCACAUCCACAACGACGAAGACUUGUGGGAAGACCCCGACACCUUCGACCCAAUGCGAUUCCUCAAACUCCGCGAGCGGGACGGCGUCGACUCGCGACACCAGUUCACAAGCCUUGGGAAGGACUCGCCCGGAUGGGGAGACGGUACCCAAGCCUGCCCCGGCCGUGUCUUUGCAGGCAACACCAUCAAGAUUAUCUUGACACACCUCCUAGACAAGUACGAGAUACAGCUUCCACCCGGAGCGGAGAAGCCCAAACGACACUCAAUGCCGAACGGCUCCAUGGCACCAGACCUCUUUGCCCGAAUCAUGAUCCGAGAGCGGAGGCGCUAA